AUGGUCGACGUGAUGGCACCGGCAGAGCCGCUUGCCGCCACACUGGCGGCAUCGCCCAUCGACAUGGGACACCAGGAGAUGGCCCAGUUCGUGAAUGAGCUCGAAGACAUUUUUCAGGCCAUUCACGCUGGCAUCCGAGAAGACUACGCCGUGGCGUUGUCCGCCAUCACCUGCAACCUCUGUGUCAGCUUGGGCUACGAGGACGAGGAUGAACUCGAAGAGGCGUUGGGUGGCCCCCUCGUGCAAUUUCUGGAAGCAUUGCCCCAUUUCGAGGUGCAGCGGCCUGACGAGGAUGCCGAGGAUUCAGAGAUCCGUGUCCUUAUGAGACCGGUGCCGAAGGAGGAUGAUCUCCGGCCAGGCAUGGGCCAGUCCCUCACCUUCCCGGUCUCG